GCCCAUAAACUCUGCCACUUCCUCUUUAUAUCUACAUGCACUUCGAAACAGAAGAAAUAGAUUGCACAUCUACUGACACUGAUGGGUAGGCUAUUAGACGACUUCGUGUUUCCAUGAAUGAGUCGUUCUCUUUAUGGAAAUGGCUGACCGCGUCGGGAAUUCCGUGAUAAAGGGAAGAGUGCAUAGGAAAUGAUUAUCCACGUUGAGUUAUAAUGACACAAGCAGAGAUUCAUUGCGCUUAGAUCUGUUGAAGUUCAUUAUAUGAAAAGGAGACGCCGCUGACAAUCAUCUACUGAUGAUUAACCUCAUGCUUUUAACAAAUGCAUCUCGAGACUGUGUCAACAAGACAAGGGCAGUCUGCAAUCUCUUUGUGGAAUUUCCAGGGAUGUGAGCUCACACCAGAGCUGGACCGGACUUUUGUGCUGUUCUCCAUGCAUCACGACUUCAAACACAUACCCACACUCUCAUAAACACAUGUCCAGUGAUACGCCUGGUAUUAUAAGCUAGGUGGACGUGUGAAUACUUGUGAUGGUGUAGCCUGAACAGACAAUAUGUCUUUACAGCACAGAUGGCAAGUUUCAUUGGGGAUCUUGCUUGCGGUGGCAGGCCUGUUACUCGCCAUGAUCACGAUGCAUUUGUACCUUGUUCUUUUUGGCAUGUUCAUGGUGUGCCUGGGCCUCUUCAUCCUCAUCCAUGCACUCUGCAUGGUCAUCAAAUCCAGCCACGUCGCUGUGCCAGUUCACUUCCUGCUACACCCUCGAACAGGCACCCGCUACACCCAUCAUCAAGCCAUUGCUGUGCAGAGGAGACUGGAUAGGAUCCGCAGGGCUAUAAAAGAGCAAAGCAGUGCAGUUCAGCCGCCUCCCCUCUCAGAACCCAUUGAGCUCAGCCUGCCAGGAACCCCUCCUCCCUGGCAAAUGGAGCCACCACCAUCCUAUGAGACUGUUAUGAAGACCACUACAGCUAUCGACCAACUAUAACCACUGCUGUGGGUACGACCAGGGGCGGAGCCAGGAGUUUUACACAGAGGUGGCUGGGAGGGUCCAGCGGGGGGGUUUAAGAUGUAGAAAGACUUAACUAAAUUGUGCCCAAGACAAAAAAUUGCAAAAGGCCCUGUCCACCUCCUAGCUCCACCACUGAUACCGAUAGAGAAAAGCCAAUGUUAAUGAAGGACUGAACCCUAAAUACAAUUUUGCUUUAGGAAAGAAGGAAUUAUUUUUUAUAUAAAUGAAGUACUGGUCUUAGAAUCUUGUUUUGUAACCUGUUUGUAACCUAUUUUGAAGGUAAUUAAGUGCCUUAAUUGACAAGAAUCUUAUACUAUGGGCUUAUUAUUCCAACUUCAGUAUUUAGUUUUAGACAUCACAAUUUGGAAAACAUUAUGAUAUGAUGCAGUAGACAGGAAUCUUUUUACAUUGUUGAGAACGCAGCAUGAAAUUUUUCAUCAAAAAUUUGUAAUUUUUUCACCCCUACAUUUUUGGAAAUGCUUAAAUUGAAAACUUAAUCAACAGUAACUACCAAUUAGUAACUACUAGUUAUGAAGUUAUGACAGUUUUUUAGCUGUAGCGCCCCUAGGGGUGGAAUUGUAUGAAACAUUGCUGACAUCUUCUAAACGUCCUGUUGAGUAUGUGCACCGAAUUUGGUUACAUUUGGAGUUUACGAUGAGUAGAUAUUGAUCAAUUACUCAAAUCGCAUUAAACCUAAAGAAUGUUAUUGUUAAUAUUUUCGAACUAUUUGACGUAUCUAAAUUCUUUUGAUAACUUUUUUUCAGGAGGGUCUGUAGAUGAGGUAUACCAAAUUGCAUGCCGAUCAGACUAAUGGUCUAGAUGGAGUUCAAAAAAGUAUGUUUUUCAAAAAAUUCAAAAUGGCUGAAAAAACUUGGGAUCAUCCUGCCAAGUUUGGUGUCUCCACAACUUAUGUUAUGUUUGAAAAUAUGUUUAAAUGAAGAAGAAAAAGAAGAAAAUCUGUACAAUAACAAUAGGGUUCCAGCAGCUUUACUUUUUGGCCCCCUAAAUAUGACACCGAAUAGUAUUUAAAGGGGUCAUGUCAUAUAUUUGUGAAACAUGAUAAUUUUCCAGCCCAUUCUGACCCAGCAGCACCAAACACCCAGUUUUGGUGCUGCUUCUCUUUUAAGACUUGACAGUAAAUGCCCACUGUAUAAUGAUCGGCUCUCUCAUUGUCAUCUCUCUGUUCACUGUACUGGGCGGGGCUACGGAAUGGAAAAUGUAAGCGUUGAUGUGUUGUUGUGGAGGCAGUCAGAUGCAAAUGUCUACCACAGUAUGACAUCACAAUGUGGAGGAAGAAGAAUAAGUUGUUUUGGCACCUUCGUUUUCAACAAAUGCUCUUUUUGCAGUGAGGAGGAUGUUUUGAGCUCUGAAACUUGCAAUAUGUUUUUACAGUUCAAUGUUUUUACAGUUAAUAUCUGUCACUUUAAGGCCAACUAUAACCACUUCUGUUCAGUAUCAGUUGUAUCACAUUGAUUUAUUAAUGCUGCAUUUUGUCAUUUAAAUAUUGUGUUGUUAAAGUGUAUUACUUGUCCGUUUUGUUAUCACCUUAUCAUGAAUACCAAUAGAUGACACUAAAACUCUUUUGUUGAUUUGCAUUGUGAACUGUUUUUGUUGUUGUUGUUGUACUUGUAUUUCUCACCUGCUAAAUCAUUAAAAUUCCAGUAUUCUGCAAAGAAA